AUGUCUAUUGCUCCACUCGAGAAGGACAGCGAGGGCGAGCCUCGGUUUCCUGGCUGUUCAAACAUUCGGGACUUUGAAUUCAUCGGCAAGCUUGGCGAGGGAACUUUCGGUGAGGUCUACAAAGCGAGGUCAAAAAAGGAUAACUCGAUUGUGGCCCUGAAGAAGAUUCUUAUGCACCAUGAGAAGGAAGGGUUUCCCAUUACAGCGAUCCGUGAGAUCAAACUCUUAAAAGCUCUUUCACAUGUCAAUAUCUUGCAACUCAAGGAGAUGGCAGUUGAACGGAGCAAGGUCAAGUCUCUGACCACGGCUCCAGGCGAGGGACGAAAGAAGCCCAGCAUGUACAUGGUCACCCCGUACAUGGAACAUGACCUAUCAGGUCUCUUGGAAAAUCCCGCCGUCCACUUCACUGAGCCUCAGAUCAAGUGUUAUUUGUACCAAUUGCUAGAAGGCUUGCGAUACUUGCAUGCGCACCUCGUGCUAGCUGCCAAUCUAUUGAUUAGCAAUGGCGGCAUCCUCCAGAUUGCCGAUUUUGGUCUCGCACGACCCUUCGAUGAGCCUCCUCCACAAGCCGGAAAAGGUGGCGGAGACGCGAAAAGGGAAUACACUGCCCUGGUCGUCACGCGAUGGUACCGUCCACCGGAGUUGCUACUGCAACUUCGUCGGUAUACAUCUGCGAUUGACAUGUGGGGAGUUGGGUGCGUCUUUGGUGAGAUGUUCAAGGGAAAGCCGAUUCUCUCUGGUAGCAGUGAUUUGAAUCAAACUCAGCUCAUCUUCUCCUUGGUGGGAACGCCUACCGAGGAGAACAUGCCUGGAUGGAGCUCCCUUCCAGGAUGUGACGGCGUGAAGAGCUUUGGUCAUAAACCUGGCAACCUUUCACAGGUAUUCAAGGACCAAAGCCCCGUAGCCGUCUCGCUCCUGACGGAGCUUCUCAAGCUGGACUGGCGCAAACGAAUCAAUGCCAUCGAUGCGUUGAAACACCCAUACUUCACCACACCUCCCCUCCCCGCAAAGCCUGGUGAGAUCCCCCACUACCAGGAUUCUCACGAGCUGGACCGAAAGAAAUUCCGCGACCAGCGCGCCCCGAUGCCUCCAGCUCCAGCAAUGGGCUCCACCGAUCCCAACUCCAAUGGAGGAUGGACCGGACCCGGAUCUCGGCCAGACUCCCGCAACAGCAAUCACAGUCGGAUUCCGGGAGCCGCCCGCGGUGGUCGACCCAACGGGCCCCAGGGUGUUCCCCACCGGCGUGGACCCUUCCCGCCUCAACGAGAGAGCGGGCUUCCUCCGCGUCCGCCCUCUGCGGCUCCUCCGCCGUGGGAGGGAUCACAGAGCGGUCGGUCAGACGGACGAGAUGACCAGCGCCGAGAUCGGUUCAAUCAGGGCCAGGGUCGUCCCGGUGGUAGAAUCCCUCAGAGCAACCACCAUCAUGACUCGUACGUCCCUAGCUACGGGGGUAAUUCUCAGGAUCGUGGGCGAGAAUCUGGCGAUUACAAUUCUCGAUCGAAUCAAGAUUGGCGCGGAGGAAAUCAACGUGACUAUCGCCGGGAACCUCCUCGGAGGAGAAGCCGCAGUCCUGGCUAUAGAGACCCGGCCCGAGGCUGA